GGCCCGGGUUCCAGAGGUUUCAGUCAAGCUCCUCCCUCAUCGGCCCCUGAACCCCUCAUCCCUCCCCGUCCCACCCUCCCCCAGAUCUGGCCAGAGUUCCUUUGCAAAUUUCUGCAGGUGUCCAACUUCCCUCCCCAAGUGGUAGACUUAAAGGCAAGGCUUCUCAUUACAUAGCAACUGCAAGGCGGGUCUCAUCCAAGAGCUAUCCACCCCUCGCUAACAUUUCCCCUUCCCAGCUUAAGACGAGAUUGUGACCUAAGGAAGGACUUGUAACAGCCAAGCCAAAGCCCAGAGAUGGAAGCAGACAAGGUCACAGAAGAGCCUCAUAGCACCAUGGAUACAGAGGAGCACCCCUCUUCAAAGGACGGCUCUGCCGAAGAAUCACAGGAGCCCCUUAUCCCUGAAACACCCUUUGAGCCUUCCAUCUCUGAGACCCCCUUAGAGCCCCUUGCUGCUGAAACGCUUUUGGAGCCUUCCAUCUCUGAGACUCCCUUAGAGCCCCACACCUCUGAAUCUUAUAUGGUGCCACCUGCUUCCCAGGCCCUUUUAGAGACCCAUGCCUCUGAAACCUCUUUGAAACCUUCCAUCUCUCAGACCCCUUUAGAGGCCCACACCUCUGAAUCUCAUAUGAUUCCAUCCACUUCCCAGGCCCCUGUAGAGACCCAUACCUCCAAAACCUCUUUGAAAACUUCCAUCCCUGAGACCCCUUUAGAAGUCCACACUUCUGAAUCGCCUAUGGUUCCAUCCACUUCCCAGGCCCCUUUAGAGACCUAUACCUCUGAAACCCUUUUGGAGCCCUCUAUCUCUGAGACCCCUGUAGGAAACUCUGAGAACCCUUUGGAAACCCCUAUGCCUGAGACCCUGUUGGAGACUCUCAUCUUUAAGGACCCAGAGAAACGUGUUUUUUCUCAUACCUCAUCACAAGACCAUGUUCCUGUAUCUUCCCCUGAUACUCUGGAGGAAGACCUCUUUAAGUAUUCUCCCAAUGAGGUCUUGUGGAGAAGGAAGUCCAGCCAGAUCUCUGAGUAUGAGAGCCUUCAAAAGCACUCCCUUUCAAGCCCUUCAGCCCCGGUCCACCUGGACACAUCUGCAAAGGAAGAGGAAGAGGAAGGAGAGGACAAGAAGCCGGAGGAGGCCACUGACAGCAGUGCACACACAGCUCACCCAGGACAACAGCCGGGCAAGAAGAAGGCGAAGAAAGGAUUUAGCCAUUACACAGCCCACCCAGUGGUCCCUGCCAAGCAAACAGAGCUGGUGGAAGUGGCUAAGGCAAGGCCCAGAGAGAAGUUCGGUGCUCAGAUGAACUAUCUUUUCCAAUGGGAGAAGAAUGCAGCCCUGAGUGCCAUCCAGACAGGUCUCUACAUUGGCUGGCGCUGCCCCCAUUAUCUAUGGGACUGUUUCCGAAUUGGAGAUGAGUCCAAAUGCUUUUGUGGACACUUGCUGAAAGAGCACCAGAUCAUCUCAGACAUAUCUGUGCCCUGCAAUGUGGGCCAAUGUCGCUGCCUCAUGUUCUGCUUUAUCCCAUCACGCCCAGAGGAGGUGGGUGAGUUCUGGCUCAAAAGACGAGCUACCUUUGACCCCAAGGCCUGGAGGGCCCAAUGUCGCUGCAAACACAGCCACGAAGAGCACACAGCUACUGGGUCCCAUCCCUGCAGGGUGAAAGGCUGUUGCUGCAAUUGCUUUGAGUCUAAUUUCCUCUGUGCGGCCUGUGACCGUCGCUGGGAGGAACACGAGACUUUCUUUGAGACUGAGGAGACCCGGCGACGAGGAGGGAGGCCUCGUGGAGCAGACUAUAUGCCUUUUGCAGAGAUGCCUACCUUCCAAGAAGCCAUCGUCAGCAACUCUGACUCUGAGGCUCUACAGAAGCAGGGGCCCUCUGGCCAUCCUGGCUCCCACUGCAGACCCCCGGGGCCUCCUGGCCCACACAGCUUCUGGCCUGACCCUAUGUCUGACCCCCAUACCUGACCCUUUCACCUCUGCUUUUCCCUC